AUGUCAAACAAAACACUGUUCGGGAAGUCGCUUGACAAAUACGAUUCGAACAUCGAUGACAUCGAUGAGUUGCUUUCCAAGCUAACAGAAGCUGAGAUUAAGGAAUUGAACGAUGACAUCGACCCAGACAACUCACUCCUCCCCCCUUCUCAGCGCUGCCGCGACCAAACCACAAAGGCUCCAACUGGACCCUUCAAUCGUGAAAACUUAAUUAAAUUCCUCGUGGAGAAAGCAAAGAAUGACCCCGACUGGGAUGAGGCAGUUCCAUACGAGAAGAAGAUUCGUGGGAAAGUCUUUGAGAAGAAGAAAGUUGAACCAACGACGGCGGAGAAAAAUGAGCUCUCCGAACUAGGCUUUGAUGUGGAAUUUGAUGAAAGCAUCAACGAAGCCCUAAACAACGCUACCGACGAUGAACUCAUCGACUUGGCAGCCAUCCUGGGUUUCACAGGUAUGAUGAAUCAGGUCCAAUUCCACGCCAGUAUUGAGAACAGGGGCCAGGUGGGUGGCGGUUUUAGUGGUGUUGCCAAGGCGGAACAGCUCAAAAUUGUUCCAGAUGAACCUCCCAAUAUGACUGAUGUUGAGGACGGCAUUAAGAAGAUCACCGCGGACGACGCAUCAUUGACUGUGUUGAACUUGAAUAACAUCAAAAAUUUGGACGCAGAUGUGGUGUCACGUCUCUUCACGGCGCUGGGCGAGAACACAAAACUACGUGAGCUCCACAUGGCUGGAACAGACCUCACUUCAGCCAUGGUGGAGCCUCUCCUCCUCCCACUCAAGGUCAACCAUACCUUGGAGGUUCUUAACCUUGAAUCUAACUUCAUAACUGGGGACAUGAUUUUAAAGAUUUUGGACUCAAUUUCGGAUCCAAAGAGCGCUAUAAAGGACCUUAGGCUGGCCAAUCAGCGCCAACGCGUGCUUGGAGUUCAGGUGGAGGAAGAGAUCACUAAACUGGUGCUUCAGAAUCCACGACUUAACAAUCUCAGUCUAUACUUAGACACACCGCAUGCACGGGUUCAGGUCAACGAGCACCUGAAGAAGACUGUGGACGCCAACAAACGGCUUGCUCGGGUCAAUAAAGGUGCCUAG